GUCGAGGUGAAGUCGGGACCUAAAAGAUCGAAUGGAACAGUACAUAGACAAGUAAAUUCCUUAUGAAUUCCAAGGUACUCUCUUUAAUUAAGAAUUACGGGAUUCAUCAUUCGAGAGGAAGUAGACUACUCAAGAAUUUCACAUUUCAUUUAUGUCAUAAUUGAAUAAAGAAUUCAUAAAAUCUAAAUAAAAAUAAUAAGGAAGACAGAAUCAAUGAAGUUUUGCUUGAUUUUCACUGAAAACUUGAGUAAGGAGUAGAUCCUUUUGGAGUUUUCUAGAAUCUGAAAGCGAGAACUCCUUUCUUUUUCUUUUUUUCUUUAUUUGACCUACUUUAGCCGGAUGAAAGGAAACUUUCACGUCCGAUUUUUAGGGGGGGGAGAUCCUAUCCCAAUUUUUAUUUUGCUAGGCCCAUAGAUAAAAAACCCACUUUUUUACGAUUACGGGGUUUAUAGGAAUAUGAAAUUCAACCCUGGAAAUACAGGAUCCCAAUUUUUUUUACUACCCGGAGCUUCGAUACAUUUCGAAAUCGAGAGAUGUCUACCGGAGGAGGUUCUAUCAGACAACAAUUAGCCAAUCUAGAUUUACGAAUGAUUAUAGAUUAUUCAUUGGUAGAAUGGAAAGAAUUGGAGGAAGAGGAAUCCACAGGGAAUGAAUGGGAAGAUCGAAAAGUUGGAAGAAGAAAAGAUUUUUUGCUUAGACGCAUGGAAUUGGCUAAGCAUUUUAUUCGAACAAAUAUAGAACCAAAAUGGAUGGUUUUGCGUCUAUUACCAGUACUUCCUCCUGAGUUGAGACCAAUCUAUCAUAUAGAUGAGGAUAAACUAGUGACCUCGGAUAUUAAUGAAAUCUAUAGAAGAAUUAUCUAUCGGAAUAAUACUCUUACAGAUCUAUUAACAACAAGUAUAGCUACACCAGAAGAAUUAAUAAUAUCUCAGGAAAAAUUGCUACAAGAAGCCGUGGAUGCACUCCUUGAUAAUGGAAUAUGCGGACAACCAAUGAGGGAUGAUCAUAAUAGAAUUUACAAGUCGCUUUCAGAUGUAAUUGAAGGCAAAGAAGGAAGAGUUCGCGAGACUCUGCUUGGUAAACGAGUCGAUUAUUCAGGGCGGUCAGUGAUUGUCGUGGGCCCUUCACUUUCAUUACAUCGAUGUGGAUUGCCUCGCGAAAUUGCAAUAGAACUUUUCCAGGCAUUUGUAAUUCGUGACCUAAUUAGAAAACAUCUUGCUUCAAACAUAGGAGUUGCUAUGAGUCAAAUUCGGAAAAAAAAAAACCUAUUGUAUGGGAAAUACUUCAAGAAAUUCUGGAUGACCAUCCUGUAUUGCUGAAUAGAGUGCCUACUCUGCAUAGAUUAGGUAUACAGGCAUUCCUCCCCGUUUUAGUGGAAGGGCGUGCUAUUUGUUUACAUCCAUUAGUUUGUAAGGGCUUCAAUGCAGACUUUGACGGGGAUCAAAUGGCUGUUCAUGUGCCUUUAUCUUUAGAGGCUCAAGCAGAGGCACGUUUACUUAUGUUUUCUCAUAUGAAUCUUUUGUCUCCAACUAUUGGAGAUCCCAUUUCUGCACCAACUUAAGAUAUGCUUAGUGGACUCUAUGUCUUAACGAGUGGAAAUCGUCGGGGUAUUUGUGUAAAUAGGUAUAAUCCAUGUAAUCGUAGA